GGCUGUUUGAACUGCUGCAGCCUCCAGUCAGGACAUUUGGACCAAACUCUGCAACAUGACCAGGAAACUACAAAACCCAGCUGUGGAAGAUGGAAAGAGUAGAAAAAGGGUUCUGAAACCCGUUGUGGAAAAGAAGAGAAGAGAUCGAAUAAAUCAGAGUCUGGCUGAACUAAGGAAUUUGCUGUUGAAUCAUACGUCUGAUCCACGGCUGCAGAACCCUAAAAUAGAGAAAGCAGAGAUUCUUGACUUGGCUGUGGAAUAUCUUAAGACGUGGACAGAUGGGAAGAACAUAAGAAAGGUUACUGCAGACUCUGACAGUCACAUGAAGACUCAUGGUCCUGUGGUAAACCUUCAUCACUCAGACUCCAAUGGUCCUACUCUCUUCAGCAUAGAGAGUGCAGGGUUUCAGCAGUGUGUGGCCCAGCUGACCAGCUACAUGCACAAAAUAACACCGACACAGAGAACGAGCCUGAUCGAGGGCCUGAAACACCACACAGAGAGCCGGCAGCCAAACAGCAUUAAACCAGACUUCCCCCAGAGAGUGCCUGAGACUGAGGCGGCCAGAGGACCUGAUGGAAUAUCUCUGGAUGCCAUUUGCACAUCUGAGAGAAAAGAAGAGCCUCCAAAGUUUCCAUCUCACUCCCCAUUUCAGCCACAGUCUUGCUCCACACCUUGCCAUGACUAUCUGUCCCCUCCUCCCUCUCCUUGGCUGUCUCCUUCCUUCUCCACAUACACCACCUCUCCUCCUUUCCCGUCAUUUGCCUCUCACUUCUCUUUCCCCCCCAGCCUGUCACCUCUGUCCUCCAACACCUCCUUCUUUAGUUUCUCGCCCGCAGCCCCUCACUCGGGCCCUGUUGUCCUACACUGCCCCCCUCUCAUCUCACUGAGAUCUCCUCCGCACCCUGCACCGAGGGAGGGGUCACCACCAAACUCUUCUUCAGCCAUGUGGAGACCUUGGUUUUGAUGAAGAGCAUCAGAGACUGACAAACUGGAAACAGCAGAGCCACCUAGUGGGAACUAACUGCAAUCAUUGGCUGUGGAGAGGAUGAGAAACUCUCCAUGCUGGGAAUGUAUAGUGUACAUAUUAUUCAAAUUUCCUAUAUUUUGUAUUUCUUUUCUAAAUAAAACUUG